AUGACACCGCGCAAGAUUCAGGACUUUCUGAAGGUGGUGUUGUCUGACCUUAAACACUCCAAUUGGGUAACACUACCCCACUGGACAAGUGGAAGGACCGUGUCAUCUACUGAGAGCCUGCAACAGAUUUCCCAGCAGCUCAACGGGCUCGUGUCUGAGUCUUCAUCCUACAUCAAUCGGGAGGGCCUAGCAUCUUCUGCUAAGAUGAAAGAUCUGGAGGAGAAAGAAUUUGAGCAAAAGUUUGCAAAGGAGGGAGUCCUAAGGGAACAGCUUCAGUUUCACAUCCAGACCAUUGGGAUUCUAGUGUCCGAGAAGGCCGAGUUAUAUACGGCCCUGACUUGCACCCAGCAGGCAGUCAGGCAGAAAGCAGGAGAGUCAGAGGAUCUCAUGAAUCACCUGCUGUCUUCCCAUCAGCAUGUAGGAGAGCUGGAGCGGACCCUGUCUGCUGUCUCCACUCAGCAGAAGUAGAUGGACAGGGUGAGCCCUAGUUUCCAUGAUGGGGCAGAUGGCCUGAAGUUCCCUUCUGCAGGAUGGAGAGCCCUGAUGCUAGAAGGAAG